AUGACAGAAUAAUAUGAAGAUGAUCAAUUCGAAGGAUAUGUUUCGGCAAACAAUAAAAAUAGAUAUGACUAUUUUAAUGAUAUACAACCAGAAUAAGAAUAAACUUAAAUUCAUAAUACUCCAUUAUUUGCAGCUAAUCAAUUUCCAUUAUAUAAUUCCCAAAACAUUUAACAAAUUCCUGAUAUUUCAAUUUUAUAUCAAAAUCAACCAUUAAAUCAAUAAUCCCUUUUCAAUCCAAAUUCAUCUCUGCAAUUAAAUUCAACUUUACAAAACGAUAUUCAGCAAAAUCCCAUUAUUUCAAUUCCUUAAGUAAAUAAUACAGCUUAAACACAAUCCUAAAAUUUAAAUGGCCAUUUAAAUUAUGAAUUUUAAUCAUAAUAACGAUAAUAAAACUAAGCAUAUGACGAUGAAGAAUUUUAAGAAGGUGAAUUCAUUGAAGUUUAAAAACCUGUUCAAAUUGAAUAAACAUCAUUGUUGGAAGAUCAGCCAAAUAACGUUAUGAAUGGCUAAAAUUAUCAUAAGAAUAAUUCAGAAAAAUAAGACUAAUUAAUCAAUUUUGAAAUUUCUUAAAAUUAGGAUCCCAGAAAGUAUCAAGAAUAACAAUAAAAUAUUUAAACUAUUCAAUAAGAACCUAAAAACUAAGUUUAAUUAUCUUCAAUUUAUGAUGCCUUUCCUUCUGAAUAAAACGAAACACCAUCAUCAUCAUUAUUCCCAUCACUUGUAUUAUAAAUCCCAUAAACUUAAUUCGAAAGUUAAAACGAUUAAAAAAUUACUAAUAAUUUAAACUUAAUUGAAAUGUAUUAAAAAACCUUAACUUCUCCAAAAAUUGAUUUAUAAAUAAUCUAAAAUGAAGAGCCUAAAGAAAAUUUCUAGUAAUCAAAAACAGAACUAAUUAAUUUGAUUGAUUUUCAUACAUAACCAAAUUAAACUACUUUAAUAUAAUUAGAAUAGUAAUCAAAUUCUUUGCUUUAAUUUUCAAAUUAAAAAAUAGAUUAAUAAUAAUUAGAUGUUUAAUAAUAAUCAUAAUAAUCUUUAAAUAAUACCUUAUCACUCUAUGAUGAUUUAGGCAAAGAUUCAUUAGUUUCAUAAUAAAAUUAAAGUAAUUUAGAUUAGAAACAAAAUUAUUCAUAAAGUUUAAAAAAUCAUAAUUUAAUAGAGAUCAAAGAGUAAGAAAAUUAAGAAAUUUAAGAAGAAACAAAAACUCAAAAUUAAGAAGAUUAAUGUAUAUAACCUAAACUUGAAUAAAUGAUCUUCUAAAGUAUAAAAUAGGAGGGUAAUCAUGAUAAUAAUGAUAAUAAUGAUGAUGAAUUUGUAGAAGGAGAAUAAAUAGAAAGUCCACUUGAAAAUAAUGUGUAAAAUUUAAAUAUAUAAGUUACAAAUUCUACCAUUUUAAAUUAAUAAUACUCAGUAUUAUAAAAUCCAUAAAUAAUUCCUUAAGUUUAGAAGUUUUAAGAUUUUUAAUAAUAAUAAUUUGAUUAAUAAAAUUCUUAAUAAUAGAUUUAAUUUUAGUAAAAAAUUAAUUAAGCUAAUUUAAAUAACUAGUAUUAAACUUUAGAAACAAAUAUUAAGUAAGGUCCAUAAAGAUCUUAACCAAUUAAAAAGAGAAAUUGGAGAAAUUAAAUAGAAGAUAUAGUUGGGUUUGAUGCAGAAUGUAUGGAUAGUUUUAUAGAAGAAUUGAGUGAUCUAAAGUUGAAUUUAUAUAUGGCAUAAGUCUAAGAAUAUGCUUAAUUGGCUAAGGAUAUAUAAGCUUUAAGAAAGAAAAAGUAAAUUCAUGUUGAUAAAGAAGAGUAUGAAGAAGCUACAGUUAUAAGAGAUACUUUAAGAGCAAAAGAACCAAUAGCUAUGGUUUUGAAAAAAAAAAUAUUAUAGAUUGCUAAAGUUAUUGAUCUAAUGGAUUAGUAAGAUUUGGAUUAUCAUAUUAAAAGAUAUAUUUUUGAUCAUGACCAUCAAAUUCCUGAAAAUCCAUCAAUAGAUAUGCUUUUACCAAAGAUUGAAAUUUUUGAAGAUUUUGUUAAUAAAUUAAAAAAAGAAUUAAAAAAAUCAGAGUCUGUGUUAUCAAUAAUAAAAUUAUAGGGACAAUUGGAAAAGGUAAGAUAUGAAAAGAAAUAUCAAAUUUUCAUUUAAGGAUUAAGAAAGAUAAUAGGAAUGAGUUGUAGAUUUACAUAAUUAUCAGAAAUUGUGUAAUCUGUUAAUGAUAGAUUAAGUGAUCUAAAAAUAGAUGUACAAAUAUAUUAUAAAUAUUGAAUAGAAAGAAGUUAAUAAAUUUGAUUAUGAAUUUAUAUUUGAAAAUACCUUGAUUCCAUUUUUGAAAGGACAGUAAUUUUAAUAAAAUUAUUGUAAUUAUUGUUUCCAAUCAAAAUCAGAUUUAAUUGAAUACAAAGGAAAGUUAUACGAUAUAUGUUGUUUGAAUUUUUAUUAUAAUAUUAAUUGA